AUGCAAAUGACCGCGAACUUCCUCACAUGGAUGGAACGGUACGUGUGGCGAUACCGCCUGUACUUACACCAGUUUAUGCAUCACUAUCCCCCCGUGACCAUGCCACACCACCAGACGCCGCCCAGUGCGACGUUCUGCUUCGCUCCGAACAUGCUCUCGAUGAGCAUGCCUGAAACGCCUUCUAGUGUAACGAGCGCCCCGGCCGGGUUGCCGAACCAGGGCAACAUGAGUCCGCUGGCGCACCGCGGGACUCUCCGGCCAGCUCCCGGUGAGUUGUCGCCCAACCCCAUGCUGGUUCAACAGCAGCAGCAGAAACUGGGCCACGGUAUGCCGCCGAUGCCCUCCGCGAUGGCGCACUCGGGGCCGAGCGCCUUGUAUCCCGAGGCGCCUGUUGUGCGCCGCGCGAACAGCUAUGGAGCAGUUCCCCCUUGGCCGGCACCUGAUAAUGACCUCUUUUUCAACAUGCCGCAGCCGAUGCCACAGGGCGCGCCGAUGACCCCCGCGAAUGCAGCGCAGCAGCAGGCAAUGAUGCGCCCCAUUCCUUUGCAGCGGCAAUACAGUGCACCGCAACCACGCAGCAUCCGCGAGCGCACGGAGCGCAAGGCUACGACAGACGUGUGGCCGGACGAUGUGGAAGUGGCCUUCUGGGAAGCUUUGCGUCUGAUUCCCAAGUUGGGUCGGCGCAAGGUGCUGGUGCACGGCAAGCCGUGUGGCCGUAACGAGCUGAUUGCAGACUAUAUUGAGCGCAAGACAAACAAGACGCGCUCGCGCAAGCAGGUCUCGAGUCACAUCCAGGUGCUGAAGAAUGUGAAACGCAAUGACCCCGAGUUCCAGCAGCUGAUUGCCGAGCCGGUGACCGAGGAGGACUACUACACGCCGGCAGGCGGCAUGAUGUACGCUCAGCCACUCGCCGGCUACAGCAGCGGCCUGCUCGGCGUGUCGCUCUUGUCGGCGCCGAGUGAUACGACGAUGGUCGUUUCGCCCUCGCCGCUUUCUUCGGCCACGCUCUCGCCCAACCCGGGACUGAUGAGUCCCUUGCCGUCGGGCCACUCGCCCCGCGGCUCGCCGGCCACCGGUGCGAUUGCGAAUGCGCUCGACAAUAUGCACUUUACUUCUUCGCCGCAGCCCAUGUUCUCGCCGGCGCUCCCCGCCCAGCCGUCGGGUGGCACUGUGAUGCUGAGUGAGCUAGACCCCGCGCCCAUGGUUCUCCCCGCGAGCUUUACGAUGUGGGCGUAUGCCACGACGACGGAGGACAAGCAUGUCUACGCCAAGCUCGACUCGCUCUCCAUGUCGCAGGUCCUGCAAGGCAACACACCGCUGCCUGUCGUUCCCGUUCAUUCCCCGCUGCUGUCCUCGUUCCGCUUCCCGAAGCUCGAGGAGAUGUUCCAGCAGCUCUCUUGCCCCUGCUUCCAUGUAAAUGUUCCGCUGUCACUCCCACGCCUCACGCAGUCCUCUCCGUCGUUUGACAGGUUCAGCGUGGCAUUGUCAUUGGCGAGCUCGAAAAAUACACCGCUUACGUCGGUCUUGUCGAUCUACUCUCACUCGAAGUGUGUCCUGUCGAUGGUUGAACCUCUGGAGCCCCCCCGUCCCAUUGCCUCGCGCCGCGCUGACUCGCUCAACAUGCGCUCGCCACAGCCCAGUACGCCGUCGCUCGACGGAAGCAGCGCGACAGAGGUGUCCUCGCCUACGUUGUCUGACAACCCCCGUUCGCCGACGAUGCCUGCAUCUUCUGAUCGCUACCGCUGGAGCUACCAAGCCCCGUUCGCAACCGACUUUUGGGCCGACUUUUUGUCUCGCAAUCAUCCGGUGCACAUGUACGGCAAUGGUGGCCUGGACAUGGUGCCGUCGUUCUGCAAAGAGCCCAGCGAGCGUGCGGCGCUCGGCCUUGCGGUGAGUGGCGUGACGUUUGUGCAAGAGUUUGUGCUCCCCCGCAACGCAGGCACGUCGGUCGCGCAUACCAUCCAAAGCCCUCCCGAGUCGAGCGGCUCGCAUGUCUCGCCCGGGAGCAAAGCGGGCGAGGUGGUGUGUGUUGUGGCGUGGGAACUCGAGUGUGUUGAAACACUCGCAAAGCAGCCCGGCACGCCGACGGUGUCCGUCAUCAAGAGUGCAUCGUCGCCCGGGCCCAACAGUCGGCCGGCUACGCCGCAAAAAUCGCACCGGCUCGAAGAGCCGGAUACGCCCACACCGGGCCCGUCGGCAGAGUCGACCACGAUGCUGGGUCUGCAGCUGCAGCCGCCACCGCACCCUGGUCUGCAGGACCGCAACUUGCUGCGUCCCAGCACGCCGCCAGUCCCUCCCACACUCAUCCGCACGCAGGCUUCGCCCAAUGUGCAGAGCAGCCCCGUGAAGAUGGGUAACGGUGAUCGACCUCCGCCGCCCCGCCUGACCACGACGGAGCCUUCACCCCAGGCGCCGGGUCAGCGGGACGUAGACUACGGUCAUGGCAACCUUCAGGCGCCUGCCUCGGCACAAAAACUCGCCAAGGCCGCACAGCAAUCGCAUAUGUCUGCUGCCUCUACGCCCCGUACGCUGGAGAAUGCAUCGCACCCCUCGUACUUAUCCGCGGACGACUUCGCGCCGUCCGAGCAGCACCGUCACUCUUUUUCCGCCUUUUCGAACCAGACCGGGUACGCCAGCACGCUUCUGCCGUCUAUGGCGCUCGGGUCGAAUGCCGGCAUGGGUGCUUCGGGCGCGGGCCACGCACGCCAUGGGCCUUUGUCGCAUUCGAUGCCGAUACGCUCCAACUCGUUGAGUGUGUUGGAAGAGAACGAUUCGUCAGCAACGUUGCCUAGUGCACCGCUGGGCAUCUCGGCGACGGUCAACUCGUUGACGGAUCCCCUGCCCUCGUAUGAUGGUUCAGGAGACGCAUCGGUCCGCCUGGGCGCCUCGGCCGGACAAACGUCGUGGGGACUCCAGCAGGACUUUAUGGAUGCGUUCCUGAAUAACCCCACCUCGGACACUGUCUUUGUGGGGCCUGGCUCGCCGAGCGUUUCGCCGACCGCAAUAAAACAGGGUCCCCUUUUGUACACCAAUUGGCCCAUUUUCGAAAUUGCCACCAUGGACAACGCGAACCCGGUGGUGUACGCAACGCGUGCGAGCCAGCCCCGUGAGGCAGAGCGCUCUGUUGCGUCGCAGUCGACGCAGUGGUGGCGCGACGAGCGCCUUGCGCCACGCACGCACUAUUUUGCGGAAGAAGAAGAGGAGGAGGAGGAGGAAGACGCCACACCUGCCAAGGACCGUCUUGAUGCACGCGAAGUCUUUGACCUGAUCCGCUCGAUCACUGAUCCCGAGCAUCCCCUCACGCUCGAGCAGCUUGCAGUGGUCAAUGAGAACCAUAUCACUGUCGACGAGGGCGACGAAGCGACGAAGCGCGCCGCGCACGUCCUCAUUGAAUUCACGCCGACGAUUCCCCACUGCAGCAUGGCGACGCUGAUCGGGCUGUCGCUGCGCGUGCGCCUGCUGCGUGCGCUGCCGUCGCGCUACAAGGUCGACAUCCGCAUCCGCAAAGGAACGCACCAGUCGGAAAACUCGAUCAACAAGCAGCUCAAUGACAAGGAGCGCGUCGCUGCCGCGCUGGAAAAUAAGCACCUGCUGGGUGUGGUGCACGGAUGCCUCGCGUCGUCCGCGCAGCGCGGCGCCGGCACGAAUGCGCCGGUAGGCGCCUCGCCCUUGCUCGCCCAGUAG